AUGGAUACAAGAACAGUCGGUAUACUUGGAGGUGGUCAAUUAGGAAGAAUGCUUGUUGAAGCAGCCAAUAGGUUAAAUGUCAAGACAAUAAUUCUAGAUGAAGCUGUCGAUUCACCUGCUAAACAAAUCUCAAACAGCAAGGAUCAUAUUAUCGGGUCAUUUAAUGAUCCCCACGCUAUUGAAGAAUUGGCAUCCAAGUGUGAUGUCUUAACUAUUGAAAUUGAACAUGUAAAUAUCGAAGCUUUAAAGAAUGUACAAACAAAGUAUCCAAAAUUGAAAAUAUAUCCAACAAUUGAAACUAUUUCUUUGAUUAAGGACAAAUUUCUUCAAAAAGGACAUUUGACUAAGAAUAGCAUCGCUGCAGUUAAAUCUAUACCCAUCCCGGAAAAUACAGUAGACAAUUUAAAACAAAUUGGGAAUGAACUAGGCUACCCAUUUGUAUUGAAAUCAAGGACGUUUGCCUAUGAUGGUAGGGGUAAUUUUGUCAUUAAAUCACAAGAUGAUAUAGUACAAGGGUUAGUGACGUUGAAAGACCGUCCCUUAUACGCUGAGAAAUGGGCACCAUUUAUAAAGGAAUUAGCUGUGAUGGUUAUACGCUCCAUUGAUGGAAAAAUAUUCUCGUAUCCAGUGGUUGAAACGGUACAUCAAGAUAAUAUUUGUCAUUUAUGCUAUGCUCCAGCUAGGGUUCCAGAUUCCAUCCAAGAAACGGCUAAAUUAUUAGCAGAGAAUGCUGUUCAAUCCUUCCGUGAUUGUGGUAUUUUUGGUGUCGAGAUGUUUUUAAUGGAAGAUGGUGAAUUAUUUGUCAAUGAAAUUGCUCCAAGACCUCAUAACUCCGGUCAUUACACUAUUGAUAGUUGUGUUACUUCCCAAUUUGAAGCUCAUUUAAGAUCAAUCCUAUCUUUACCAUUACCGAAGAACUUUACUCAAUUCGCUACAUCAAACACAAAUGCAAUCAUGUUGAACGUUUUGGGUGGAAAUACUGCUAAUUCAGAGUUAGAAUUUUGUAAAAAGGCAUUGGAAACGGCAGGAUGUUCAGUAUAUUUAUAUGGAAAAGAAUCGAGACCGAAAAGGAAAGUAGGUCAUAUCAAUAUUAUUUCCUCAUCCAUGAAAGACUGUGAAAGGAAACUGGAUUCAAUACUUGGUGUAUCAUCUACAAUUACUCCACAAUCAGAUCGUAAAUCACCUCUAGUGGGUAUAAUUAUGGGAUCCGAUUCGGAUUUACCUGUUAUGUCAGCUGGUUGUAAAAUAUUAGAACAAUUUGGAGUACCAUUUGAAGUUACUAUCGUUUCAGCACAUAGAACUCCUCAUAGAAUGAGCAAGUAUGCCAUUGAGGCCUCUCAAAGAGGUUUAAAGGCAAUUAUUGCAGGUGCAGGUGGUGCUGCUCAUUUACCUGGUAUGGUCGCUGCUAUGACUUCGUUGCCAGUAAUUGGUGUUCCAGUCAAGGGAUCGUGUCUGGAUGGUGUUGAUUCUUUACACUCUAUCGUACAAAUGCCAAGAGGUGUUCCAGUAGCAACUGUUGCAAUCAACAACAGUACCAAUGCGGCUUUACUCGCAGUAAGAAUAUUAGGAAGUUAUGAUAACAAAUAUUUUAAAUUGAUGAACGACUUCCUUCUAAAACAAGAAAAUGAAGUCUUACUAAAAGCUGAGACAUUAGAAAUGCUCGGUUAUGAAGAUUACUUAACGAAGGCCAAAUAG